UUACAUUUAGUACUAACUACUAAAUGACUUUAUCGCGCGUAUCCAAACCAUGGGCUAAUUACGUCUGUAACCCAAUCACCCCCCGUAACUCAAUCACCCCGGGCCACCACUCGGCACCGUGCCCGGGGAAUAAUCCCGCGCAAGCAUCAUCCCGCCUUUGUUAGUCGGUCAUUCGCGAACAGCCCUUCCCCAAGUACACACGUGUGUCACUGUAUCUAAUCGCUUUUGCUUUGAAUACCACCUAUUUCAGCACUCGCCGUAUCGCAUUUAUUCCGUUCUACUCCCGAACUUCACCCUCGGGACAAUUUUACGCUGGUGGAAUACCUCGACUCACCACCUCGACCUUCGUGAUGCCUCCCAAGAGAAGAGCACCCGUCAACCACAAGCUUGUGAGGGGAGCCAAGCAGGCCAGGACAACCAGAAGACAAACCCCGGGAGUGCACAUUAUGCAGGAGGCAACAGCUGAUGGUGAGUCUGCCAAUUACGGAAAUAUCGAAGGGGGCAACAGAAUUAACGUACAAUCGGCGCAGUUUGUAAAUGCCGCGCAGGCUGCCAACUCGGCUACCCAGGUAAACGAGCAACUGGAAAAAAUACUCCAGUUGCAGGAACAUUCAGCGCCCGGCCCGGUUAGCGCAAACCAACAGGUAAGGCUUGGUUUUAGUUCUCCCGCCAUUUCGCCCAACAUAGGGAGAAUCCCCGAUGCUUACAACGAGGCCGACGGUGACGCGGCUUGGCCAGCCAAUCACAUCGCAGGAUACGGGGAUUCCCUUUCCUUCCAUGCGGACGGAAAAGACGCGCACGUCAAACAAACGGUGAGGGAAAAAAUCUGGCGUGGCGAGUAUGUCGACCUCGGCACAAUCCUACCAGACACCGAGGGAAGUCACGAGGACGGUACGAUUACCAUGGCGUACGACUCCUCAGGUUAGGUAAUUUUUAAACCAAUAAAGCAGCAACCAAAGCGCCUGUCCCUGGCAAGCUGGACUUCAGCUUUCCACAUUUUCAUGUGUAUAUAUGUUAGUAGGCACUCCGAGGUCCGCACAACCCAGGGGUUGCUGUCCUACAUGGAAACCAUAAGAACGGCGGCACUUCGAUUCGGGGGGAUGCCUGGUCAACCUACGACCAACAAUUCCGACACAGAAUGUCAAGGGACCCCUCACGACGCUGGGACAACAUCGACGGGGAGUUGUGGCUGAAGUCCAUGGUAACACAGCCGGUACUACAACCAGAAUCAGGCGGACGGGGCGCAAUGACACGCGUACAGGGGGACAUCGCCAGUCAGGUAUGCUGGGAUUUCAAUAAAUUUGGCUGUAACAGGGUCAACUGUAAGUACACUCACAAAUGCGGUAAGUGUGGCAAACAUUCCCAUAGCUCUAGGACCUGCUUUCGAGGGAAUGGGGUCCAACCGACCCCAUACAAGCCCAAUCAGCCUUCUGCCUAACAGAAAACCAGCCGUCAAGGCAGGUAAAUUCAAUGGCCCCUUCCCCCGUGGAUCUCAAUGAAAUGGCACCCUGGUUACGCCAAUAUGCUAGGGUCAAUUACAGAGAUGCAAACUAUUUAUGGGUAGGUUUUAGCUCUGGCUUUAAGCUCGAGUUCCAGGGAAGCCGCACGGGUCGCCUGGCACGAAACUUGCGAUCAGCCACGCACCAAGACACGGCAGGCUACGUGAAACAAAACUACAAAACGAAGUCGACCUUGGCAGGAUGGCGGGCCCCUUCAAGGACACCCCCCCCCCUAGACAACCUCCAAGUAUCCCCAAUAGGCCUGGUGCCCAAGAAGCAGCCAGGAUAUGGUCAGCACCUGGGUAAGCAUGCGGAGGAAUUCCGUCUAAUUCACCAUCUAUCGUAUCCAAGGGGUAAAUCUAUAAAUGACUUCAUAGACACAGAGGCCUGCUCCGUUGCGUACGCCAGAUUUGAUGAAGCUACCCAUAUGGUUCAACGACUGGAAAAGGGAGAACUACUAGCAAAAUUCGACAUUCAGUCGGCCUUUAGAAUUAUACCAGUCCACCCAUCCGAUUUCGAGCUGCUAGGCAUCAGAUUCGAAGGUGAGUUCUAUUUCGAUAAAUGCCUACCAUUUGGCUGCUCCAUAUCUUGCGCCAUAUUUGAAACGUUUAGUACCUUCAUGCAAUGGUGCAUGCAAUCGCAUCUUCCAACGUGUCCGAUUAUGCAUUACCUGGAUGACUUCCUAACGGGGGGCACAGCAGGCACCAGCCACUGCUCAGACAACCUCAACGGAUGCGCGAAUACACUAGAACAGCUUGGGGUUCCUACUGCGCACGACAAGACGGUGGGCCCCACAACCAAACUGACAUUCCUAGGGCUGGAAAUCGACACCAUUGCAAUGCAGAUCAGAAUCCCAGAGUCCAAGAUCAAGGAGGCAACAAGGGAAAUCCAUGACAUCCUGUCAACAGGUAACAUCAAGGUCACAAAAAGGGCCCUUCAGUCCCUCAUAGGCAAGCUUAACUUUAUGUGCAGGGCUAUACCAAUGGCAAGGGCAUUCAGCCGCAGGCUAACCGAUCUGCUUAGCAAAGGUAAGCAACCAUUUCACCACAUUAGGAUUACCAGCUGGGUCAAGGAAGACCUACAAAUGUGGUUAACAUUUCGUACGAGUUAUAAAGGCAUUUCAGUGUUUCAGGACCAACUAUGGGUGGACAGCGAUUUCCUCCAGCUGUUUUCAGACGCAGCGGGUGGCGCCAGCUUCGGGGCCUACAUGCAGGGCAAAUGGUUUAACGGCGCAUGGCCACCCCAGUGGGUGAUGGAUGGAACUACACGGGACUUGACGCUACCUUGACAUGGUGGCAUCAAUCCUUCGGAAAUACAACCCCAGCUUCCUGACACCAAGAUCAUCGUAUCCUCAAUGCUGCACAGGCGCUACUGGCACGAUGCCAGGGACCCACUAAAGAUCGAGGGGAUGCGGAAGAAUAUCAACCGUCGACUGGCCAACCGAGUCAAAGAGCUCGGCGGUACAAUGGUGCCACAUCCCCAGAUCCUGGCAUCAGACAAGACAUGGUACGCCUGGGAGGGCGUCCACCUCAGUGACAAAGGACUGUGUGUGUUUACGGACAAUUUAUUGCAUGCCCUGGCGCUUGUUAUCUCCACAGGUUUGUGUUUCCUUUCAGUACAUAGGCAAGCGGGGCAACAAUGGUAUCCCCGCGU